CGAGGCUUCCUCUUGCCCCGGCGCCGCACGCUUUGAUUAGCGUGCCGUCGUCCAGACACAUCCUCUUUCCCUUCGAUCGCCUCCUUCGAUCGCCUCCGUCCCUCGCCCAGCCCGAGCGAGAAUCCAGUGCUGCCUGGUCGUUUCGGGGGGAGGAAUAUGGAUGGCACUCACAACCCGGACACUUCCCCGACUCGCGAUUUGUCCUGGUCCGAGCUCGACCCCAAGCGAGGCUUCUCCCAGAUGCCUUCUGAGUGGCAGUUUGUCCAGCAACGACAACAACAGCAACAGCAACAUCAACAGUAUCAGCAGCAACCGCAACAACAACAACAGCAACAGCAGCAGCAGCAGCAGCAUCACCGCUACCCCCACCAUAGCUACCAACACCAGCAUCCCCAGCAUCAGUAUUCAUAUUCGCAGCAACGCCAGCAGCCCCAGCCCCAGCACCACCAACAGCAUUCCCCCGCCAUCUGGGCGACAGAUACCUUUUCUCAGUUCCGGAGCACCUCGAGCAACCUGCAUACUCCCGAAUCAUUCCAGAUCUGGGUCAGCCCUCGGCAGUCGACCCCCUUCGGCACCUCCGCCAGCAGCAGAGGGUUUCAAAAGGACACAUAUGUACCGCUCUGGAAGCCGCAACAACAGCCGCUGCUGUCGCAUCAGCAGCAUCAGCAGCAACAAAGCUAUCCGGCUAUCUCGUCGCUCGCCUGGCCCGAAGCAACCGCUGGUUUGCCCACGUCCUUUUUCACCGGCCACGGCUCCUCUGGCAUCCUUGGCUCCUCCAGCCUCUCGGACCAUGGGGCCUUUGGUCUGAGUUUCGAUGAGUCGCCCGAGCCAUUCCGUCGCAGCUAUCCGUCAUCCGGGUCGCCCCUUCGGAGACCACAGCAGCAGCAUCUCGACCACCGAAAGCAGAGCAUCGAUGCCGACCGCACCCUUCCUCCCUCCACCGUCGCCACCACCGCCGCCGUCAUCCCUUUCAACGGUGUCCACAGUGUCGAUGACAGCAACAAGGAUGACGAUGCGAGCAGAGAUCAUCAUCAUCCUCAUUACCAUCCUCAGCAUUACCACCACCACCAUCGUCAUCAUCGUGACGACUAUGAAAACAACGAUCCCGACUAUGACGUCGACAACAAAACCGAAACCGGAACCGGAACCGGAACCGGACACAGCGGCGAUUACGACAACGAGCACGAUAUCGAGAAUGAUAUCGGAAACGAAAGCGAGGAUGGUCUCGAUCGUGAUCAUGAUCAUGAUAAUAACUCGAGUGAUCGUAAUGCCGAUGACGGCCAUGCCGGCGACCGCGGGCUCGAUCGAUACACCCGGAAAUUGGCCUUCGUCGUCGCCAAUUCCAUCAUGGACGACGGCACCGCGAACUUGGGGCAAGUCGAGAGCCAGCGCUCACUGAAAGAGCGAGCCCUGGAGCAAGCCCGAUUCGACUUUGUCAUGGUGUCGCUGACACGUGCCAUGGACGAAAUGUAUGCCAUCUGUCAAGAACAGCCGGAUAAGCGGGGCGAGACCGAGGAUGUGCUCAAAUCGUACCUGUCCAAGUUCAAUGCGCUCUCGGCUAGUGUCCAUACCCAGCCACUGAACAAACAGCCGUCCUUCUCCUCGACGAUCCCAGAGCUCGGCUCGGCCGACUUUGAGCUAUCCUCGCCGUUGGCGAGCCGGUACGGGGCCGACUCAACCGAGCCUGCACCGUCGUCAUCAUCGCUAUCGUCGUUGCUGGACUUUGGCAUGCUCGACGACGCUUCGAGCUCGAGCAGGAAAAACGCAACCUUCUUCUUGGACUUGGGCCUCUACAGCACCGACAGAAUUGAUUUGGACGAUCCCUACAGUCGCAAACGAACUGUGAGCUGGACCGAUGGCCAGAGAAGUCGACCGAGACCGACCCCGAUCCUCGAACGACUUUCGCCGCCGAUUUCCAAACGAGAGUUGAUCACGUUGGAUCUCGAGCGCAAGCAGGAAAAAGCCCAAGAGGUGCGUGAGCACCUCCUCAACAGCAAAGUCGAGAAGAUCCGAUCAAAGACCGAAAAGAUUCAAGCCCUCAAGGAGCGAAGUGAGCACCAGAACAAGCAACUGAAGGAUAGCAUCGAGGAGAAGCAAAUCAAAGCCGAGAAGCUGCGCGUAUCGCACCUCAAGAGCAUCCAGAACAAAGCCAAAGAGGAGGGACAGAAACUGGACGAAGUGGCGUUCAUCAGCGCCCUGACCAUCAGCAACAAGAAAAUCGAGGUCCAGCGACGGUUUCUUGAGUCCGAGGUGCGGCUACAGGAGCUGGAAGAGGAGCGCCUCCGCAAACUCUCCGACCAGCAAGCGCUGCAAGAGGCCGCCACCGAACGGCGCAAAGCCCAAGAACUUGAGAGGAAGCAGAAGCUGGAGCAGCUUCACCAGCGCAAGGUCGAGUUUGGGGCCAAGAUCGAGGAGGAGCGGAGGCGGGCACUCGAGCUCCGGACCUCGCAAAAGGAAGAAAAGGAGAAGCGCAUCCAGUACUUCAAGAGCAUCCGACAAGCGCAAGAUGAGGACGAAACAAAGCGCCGGCGCGAAGAAUUAGAUGCCAGACUUGCUCGCAGCUCCAAGCGACACGAAGAGCUCUUGCAGCAAGUAAAGGAAAAGGCAGCUGCAGCCAUUCAUCACUCCAAGACGGUCGCUCACCGUGUCAACGCCAGCCGCUCCACGCCUGUUCCCGAUUUUCCCUGUGCUCAGUGCGAGCUGCUGGGGAAGGACUCGCUUCGAGAGUUUUGCCCGCAUAGCGAUCUCCGUGCAAUCAGCGUCUCACCCUCUCCAAGCCUUAGCCGAUACGGGGACGAGACUCACGGCCGUGCCUCGCCAUUCAAGGAGCGCGACAAACGUGCCAAGCGACGAGCCAAGAAGCUCAAACAGCGCCUCCGUGACGCUGCGAGCGAGUACCAGUACCUGGGACCAGUGCCAUGCGGAAAGACGUCGAUGAGCCACACCGUCGAUACACUGCUCGGCAAGCUCGAUAUCCGCAAGGGCACGCCAAUCCCUGGCGCUGAUCCCUGCGGCAUCAACCUGGACGGCUGCGAGGAUCAUCUGGAUGACCUUAUCGCUGUCCUGCAAUCGGCGGAAACCGACGAUGUGGCGUUCUUACUGACAAGCGGAGCCGUUUCGACAAUUGUCAAAGGAUGCACUCCGCUCGAUGCCAGCAGUCGUCCUCUCUGGACCCCAUCUCACUUGAACCGCGUGGCAAAAGUCAUUGACCUCGUCAGCACACACGAACCCAUCCACGAGUACCUCCUGAUAUCGCAAGACCAGAUCCUGGUCGAAGUCGUCGAGGUUGUGGCGCGAGUCUUGCCAUACUGCCUGCCAUCGGCCGAAUGCCACCUUUCAGCUACCUCGCAUCUGGCGCAGGCGCUUCAGCGGACGUUGAGACGCAACGAACAGGACGACAACGAAGUCGUUCGGGCAAAGGAGAACUUGCUCAACUUCAUUGUAUCGAUGGGGGUUAUCGACAAAGUCAAGGACGUCAUGCUGGUCAUCAGAAGUCCGCUCGUGUCGACGCCCAUGGUCCGCUUUCUCGAAUGCUGGCUGCUGUUUUUCGAAACCAUGACCCGGGAAGGGCAGUACGGCCCGGUGUAUCGCCCUGCGGACACCUCGAUCGGACACCCAUUCGUGCGGGCCUUUCAAGAGUCUGAUCUGUGCGGUAUCAUCACCAUGCUGGACGAGGUGCUUCUGUUCCCGGCCAACCGUUCGCGUUCGGCGUUGUUAGAGGAGCUUCCACCUUCGGUCAUUGAGGUCUCUCUGCUGGCACUGAGAGUCCUCAACAAUGUUGCAGGACUCAACAUCCAGACUUUCCAGUCGACGCUCCACUCGGAAGGCAUGCAGACCGAGUUCUUCCACCUCAUCACCCACUGGCUGCGGUACUGGUGCGCCAAGAGCGGAGCAUACGAGCCGAUUCAGCCACACAGCAUCCAGCAACGAGAAAAGUACGACCGGUUCGUGGCACUUCUCGGCGAGAUCCUGUUGUUGAUCGGCUAUGCCGUUGCCGGCGACGAGUCCAACGGGGCCAUCCUUCGGUUUGGACAGCAGCCGGUUGUCUUGCAGAUGCUGGUGCGGCUCCCGUUUGCGUUUUUCAUCGAUCCGAAGCUUCGAGAUGCCCUCUUGCCCACGUUGAUCAUUGCGUGCUUUCGGAACGACCGCAACCAUGAGAUUGUCCGCGAAGAGCUAUGCAUGUCGUAUCUCCGGGACUACCUGUGCGAGGAAAUCGAGGCACGCAAGCGACAAAUGUCCGAGAUUGGUCGUGGCGGCAACCAGCCACCAAGCAAGUCGCGGCGAAAGCACCCGCUGUCGGAGAGCACGUCGGCCCCAGAGCGCGAUUGCGCUGGGUCGCAGCCGCCACCCAAGCCAGAGGACGGCAAGGAUCGACAUGGUGCCACGGCGGAAGACGAGGACGACGACGACCGGCGACGGGUGCUUGGCCGGCUGAAGCUGGGGAUGCGGUUCCCCGUCGAGUGGUGGGAGGAUGCGAUUGCAUCGUUUGGCGAUUGAGCCCCAGCGACGUCCGUUGCGAGGUGCUCGGCCCAGCCGGCGAGGCCAUGUGUGCGGCUAUGCAUAUCUGUAUGGAUGGGCAUG